AUGCUGGAGAAAAUGUCCAGACGUAACCGGACCCUGCUGUCCCUGGCUCUCACCUCUCUGGCCCUGACGAUGUCUGUGUCAGCCUUCUGCAGCUCUUACUGGUGUGUAGGGACACACAAAGUGGUGAAGCCAGUCUGCCUGUCACCAGUCAAGAUGAAGAACUGUGGAAAGAACAACAGCCAGCCGUACACAACAGAGGCUUCCACCCCAGACCCCAAGAACCCGUUGUCCAAUGUGACGCUGUCUCCACAGCAGAAGGAGGAACUGGCCCUGAUCAGGAAAAAGCAGUUGGCCAAUGCCGUGCAGUAUCUCUGGGAAACGGGCGAGGACAAGUACAUGCUGAGAUAUUUUCACACUGGUUUCUGGCUUUCCUGUGAAAAACACAAUGAAGGAGAUGAUCAGGAAGAAAAGUGCCGCAGCUUCAUUGAACUCACACCAGGAGAGACACAAGGUGUGCUGUGGCUGUCCGUUAUCAGUGAGUUCAUGUACAUUGGCCUUCUGGCGAUGGGUUUCCUCCUGAUGUGUCUCGAAGCGAUGUGCCUCUGUGCCAAGAAGGAGAUGAGCUCCCUGAAGAUCAACGCCUUCGCUGCAAUGUGCACCGUCCUUUCAGGUUUGAUGGGGAUGGUAGCCCAUAUGAUGUACACCACGGUGUUUCAGAUGACAGUGAGCAUCGGACCAAAAGACUGGAGGCCGCAGUCUUGGGACUAUGGAUGGUCUUUUGCGUUAGCAUGGCUUUCCUUCAGCUGUUGCAUGGCAGCUGCUGUGGCAACACUCAACUCGUACACUAAGACCAUCAUUGAGAUGAAGCACAGAGCCAGGUUGAGGCUGGAGGAAGCCCGAGCUGCUACCAUCGCCCCUUCCUAUGAGGAGGUUGUUCGAGCCGGAGGCGGAGGGCUUUACUCAGUCAGUCAGCUGAUUCAUCUCGGCCAGCAGGGGGCCCUCAUGGAUCCACUGUGGCCAAGAGGAGUGGGACCGGCAGUUGGACCUUUGGCAUGCAGAAGAAUGGUGGACGCUCAUGGAGUCGUAGUUGUGGAGGGAUGCGCCACAGAAGGAUGUGAGGAGUGUGAGAGAGAGCUGGAUGAGAUAGAUUACACUCUGCAGGAGGAAAGAGAGGACUCCAUCUGCUAA